CAUUAUAAGCCAGUGGCAGGAGGCAGCGGUGGUCAGAGCUGAGCGGGCGCUUCCGACGGGAGAGAGCACCGCGGGCUCGGGGCCGCUGCCGCUAAUCCUGCCGAGGGAGGGAGUGAGCGAGCGGCGGAGUGACGUGACCCGAGCCGGAGCCCAGCGGAUCGCGAGCUCUCCCCUCACGCCCACGCUCUCUCUCCCGGUCGCGCACAUAACGCACAAAAGUAUUCCAUCACCAUCAGAAACCACAAUUUGUUCAGCCAUUUCCCCAGUUGAUGAGCAUCCCUUCAAUUUCCAGGUUUUUGCCACCACAAAAAGAGCAGCUGUAAAUAUUUUUGCACAAAUCUUUGGAACUGAAGAGAAUUUUGAAAUCCAUCGUCAGUUAAGAUGGCUCCUGCUGUUGGAGGUCCCCAAGGAUAUACCCCUCCAGAAGGAGGCUGGGGAUGGGUUGUGGUUAUUGGAUCCUUCAUCUCUAUUGGCUUCUCUUAUGCAUUUGCCAAAUCAAUUACUGUAUUCUUCAAAGAAAUUGAAGUCAUCUUCAAUGCCACUUCUAGUGAAGUCUCAUGGAUAUCUUCCAUCAUGUUGGCUGUUACUUAUGGAGGAGGUCCCAUUAGCAGUAUCCUGGUAAACAAGUAUGGUAGCCGGCCAGUGAUGAUGAUUGGUGGCUGCCUAUCAGGAUGUGGUUUGAUUGCUGCCUCAUUUUGUAACACCGUGAAAGAGCUGUACUUCUGUGUCGGAGUCAUUGGUGGUCUUGGACUCUCCUUCAACUUAAAUCCAGCUUUAACCAUGAUUGGCAAAUAUUUCUUCAAAAAGCGUCCAUUGGCAAAUGGGUUGGCCAUGGCAGGGAGUCCUGUAUUUCUCUCUACCCUGGCACCCAUGAAUCAGGUUUUCUUUGGCAUCUUCGGCUGGAGGGGCAGCUUCUUAAUUCUUGGGGGUUUGCUACUAAACUGCUGUGUAGCUGGAGCACUUAUGCGACCAAUAGGACCCAAACCAGAUGCAGUGAAAAAAGAAAUAUCCAAAGAAUCCCUACAAGAAAUAGGGAAGUUGGACUCAAAAAAAGGGGCUGGUGAUGCAAAUAUAGAUCUUAUUGCUGGAAACAGUAAGCAAGAGAAACCGAAGCAGUCAUUCUUCCAAAUAAUUAAUAAGUUUCUGGAUUUUUCCCUCUUCAAGCAUAGAGGCUUUUUGCUGUACCUCUCUGGCAAUGUGCUCAUGUUUUUUGGAUUAUUUACUCCCUUAGUUUUUCUAAGUAAUUAUGCCAAGAGCCAGAAUAUAUCUAAAGAGUCUUCUGCCUUUCUACUCUCCAUUUUAGCUUUUGUCGACAUGGUAGCCAGACCCUCUAUGGGACUUGUAGCCAACACAAAGUGGGUGAGACCUCGAGUGCAGUAUUAUUUUGCUGCCUCAAUAAUCGGUAACGGUGUGUGCCACCUGCUGGCGCCCUUAUCUACCAGUUAUGCUGGAUUUUGUGUCUAUGCGGCAUUCUUUGGAUUUGCAUUUGGCUGGCUCAGCUCAGUAUUGUUUGAAACACUAAUGGACCUUGUUGGGCCUCAGAGGUUCUCCAGUGCUGUGGGUUUGCUGACAAUCAUGGAGUGCUGUCCUGUUCUCCUGGGGCCACCACUUUUAGGUCGUCUCAAUGAUAUCUAUGGGAAUUACAAAUACACGUACUGGGCCUGUGGGGUUAUCCUGAUUGUGUCAGGCAUCUACCUUUUCAUUGGCAUGGGCAUCAAUUAUCGCCUUUUGGCAAAAGAACAGAAAGCAGAGGAGGAACUGAGAAAGGAAGGAAAGGAGCAAGAAACCAACAUGGACAGCAUUGAGAAGCAGAAAGAGGCCAAUAAAGCUGUGGAAGCUCUCCAACAGACACCCCCAGAAGAACGUCCCAAAGAGGAGGAAAACCGUCUUUAAGACUGACACUGCUGGGGUGGAGAGGGAGGAAAGAGCUCAUGUCCCAAAAUAGCCUAAAAUGGUCUUAUGGCUGACUGAUACCAGUGGUGCUCAAUUCAGAAAAGGGGAUUUCUGUGGGAAAUUGUACCAGGUGUUCAUGAAAUUCUUCAGUUUUGAGUGUUUUCCUUUUAUAUUUAAUAUCAUUACAAAUGAAAUCUGCCAUAUUUUGGAGGGAGAGUUAAGGAUGAGGGAAGGAACUAGUUUUUAUAUAUUGGAUUUUAAUAGUGACUUGAAGAUACUUAUGUGCCUUAAAUGUUUGUCUGUAGACCUCAUUAUAAAGCCUUAACUUUUUAAAUAGUUUAGUUUUAUUUUGUCUUUUCAAAUCAUUUUUUAAAAAUCAGGCAGCAAAUGUACCUGGAAGAAAAAUCCACAAAAACUCCAUGUGAUGAUUAAGGCAGCAGUAUGAGUGUUGAUCCUAGAAACUAACCCUGCUUCCAGGAACUUUUGUCACCUUCUGUCAGACCCAUUAUCCCUGGGAAGUGUGUUGGAAGAAGAGCUGGGGCAGCCCUUUGAAAUUAUCCUUUACUGUUAGACAUUUUAACUUGUAUAAUUUUUUUUGCCUCCCAUCCACAUUUUCUAACCACCCCCAGAUCAUUUGGGAUAGAGUUCUUAAAAAGUAUGUUUUUUUCCUUUAUCCUGACUAGUAUUUCUCAACACUCCUCAUUGUUUUUUGGUUAUUUUCCCUAGGGUUGGUAAUUAGAAGUUAAAUGUGCACUCAUAGGAGCUUUUUUUGAAACGCUAUUCUCAAAAUUCACUGUUUUUUAGGAGUAUAAAGUGGGUAUUUUCAAUUCUACCCCACUUUGCCCUUACUUUUGCAAUCAUUUGUAUUAUCUCCCUUUUUUAAUGUUAGAAAGUAGAGUGUUUUAUUUUGUUCUUGAACAAGUUUGUCUUUGGGCUGCUUGGUAAACACCCCAACUUCCAUUAAAUGUAGAGAGUGGCAUUUGAAGGAAUUACUGAAUUUAGCUCACUGUUUGUUUUUUUUGUUUGUUUUCCCCAAAAAUCCUAGUUAAACUUAGUGAGCUGAUUGGAAGCAUUUUUUCUCACAAUUUUACUUUUCCUCCAUUCACACUGGUCCCCUUUUGCUCUGCUAGCUUUAAGCAGUGUGUAAGGCAUUAUUUUGCCUAAAAGUUUUUCCAUGUUUGCAUACUAAAUGGGGCCAGAGGAAACUGGCCAUGCAAGCUAUUGAAGAGAAGUGGGAGGGAGUUUGCUAAUGUACUUAAUUCCAGUGAAGACUUUCACUGGCUUUCUCAUUAGACUUUAAAGCAAAUUAAGAUAAUUAGUUAGGAAAAAAUGGGUUCAUUCUCUUUCCAACUGGAAUUCAAAGAGUUUGAGAGCCUUCUUAUUUACUUACCUGAAAGUUAGAGAAUUAGGGGUCUGUGUAGAUAAAAGGUAGGGGGGGAAGGAAAGGCAGGGAAAGUGGGUAAAUAUUUCCUUAUUUGUCUUGUAUACUUGGAGGAAGGAAGAGACUGAUAAAAAGGCAUUCAGUGAAUAGAAUUGUCUUAGAGUAAGUGACAUAGUGAAAGUGUUGAUCCAAAACCUUGUAAAAGGCUAAUUUUUCCAAAUAAAUACUUUUUAAAAAAUAAUUCAUUCACCAAACUCUUGAUUUGUUUGUAGGAACCUGGGUCUUUAAUUUUUUAUAGCCAAGUUCCAGUGUGUCACUUGUCAAUAUUAAAGUAACUCAUGCCAGCUUUUAUGUGCCUUGGGAGUUUGUUUAUAUGGUCUCCUUCAUUUUUUUAUUCUCUGCACUCCUUAUGUUAAGGUAGGCAGACAUGAAGUAUUCUUCCUUCCUUUCUUUUCUCAUUUUCUCUCUUCCAACAGCAUUCAGAUCAGUUAGCUUUCAGGGCAAGAUGCAGAACUCACUUUUCAAGUAGAAUAUGCUUGUAUGAUUAGCCUCCAUUCCAUCUCCCCCUUCUCAGAAUAUAUGUUCAGAAACGAAAUUUAAAUGUCUAAAAAGCAUAUAUUAUAAAUUUUUUUUAGAAUCACAAGAAAUUGGCAGGGGACUAUGGAAAAGAGGCACUUAAUAUUUUUUUCAAAGCAGAGAUGAGUUGUAUAACGGAUAACAAAAAUGAAGGCACUGCUGUGUAGUUUUUGUCACAACUUAAACCAAAAGGGGCCUUGGAGAUCAUCCUGUCAGAUAUUCCCAUUUUAAAGACUCAGAAACUGAGGCUCAAAAAAUGUUAAGUGACUUGCCCAACAUCAGGCAGGAAGUCAGUUUAGCUCUCAGUGACCCUAACCAGUUACCUCUUUGUUGUAAGUCAUACAAAGGCUGCUGAUGCUUUCUGUUCCUCUAUGGAGGCUUUUGAACAUAGAAAUUCUUAAGACAUUGCAUUUCACACAACACUACCUAUUGCUUUAGGAGAAGAGAUGUCUGCGCAGGUUCUUAUCAGGCUGUCCACUUCUCCCGUUUUUCUUCCAUCCCCCAUAUUUCUUCACAAAGCUUAGAAAAAGGCAGAUUUAUUUAUUUAGUUGCCUCACCAACCUUAAGGAGAAAUUCCAGGAGCCUCUUUUUGGCAGUGCUUUCAUCUCCAUGCCUAGGGUGGGGAUCCAGUUGCCCAUCAUGCCUGUCAAGUGUCGAUUUGUAAACUUGAAAAAGAACAAAAGCAAUGUUGGAAUUAGUCAAGAAUAGAAUCAUUCAGUCACCUAAGGUGAAACUUAAAAAUUUUGGAAAUUUCAUCAUUUUCUUUUAAUAAAUGACUGUUGAAAUCAAUAGAAACAAAAUGGAAUAUUUUCUGUAAAACAACCAGAAAAACACUUUAAGUUACAAACUGUUGACAAAUCAUACUUCAAUUCUACUGAAAAUUUGGAAUUUUCUAUAAAUUCUGCAUUUGAAUGGCCAGUAUGAAUUAUUAGCUUGUACAAAAAAAAAAAUUCUUUAGGAAGAGAUGAGAUAAAGAGAUUAUGAAAACCCCUGAGAGAUAUUCUAUCAAGUGACCAUUUCCGAAAUUUUUGAGCUUGACCCAGAGACAGUAUUAAAUGGUAUAAUGUGAAUAAUUCUCUGGUCUUGAUGGCUGACUGGAUGACUAGUUUUGUGUGUACUGUAAUUUAUAUGUGUGUAUUUUUAUCAUUGUCUUCCUAAAUUUUACAAAAGGAAAAGGACUAUGGGUUGAGGGAUUUGCUUUUUGAAGCCAUUUAAUGUUUUGUAUGAAGCAGUGUUUUAUUGUAUUGAAUUUUGAACUUGUAAACUAGAUAUGUUUUAGUUUCAAGAAUUUAGGUGUUUUUCUCCCUUAGUAAACAGUUCGCACAAUACAAUAAACUUAGCAAUAAUUAGUA